AAAAUUUGUACAGCAUCCUUCUGAAUAGACUCUAGAUAUAAAAGGCUCAAUGGAUUGUAUGAGGAGCACAAGUUAUGUAGGAAGAAUGGAGAAGUCCUUUGGAGUAUGGUGCUGUCGCCAUGUAUAUGUUUUAUAUGAAUAUUUAUCCUACAGAAGGAGACAAAAUAUUGGAUGAAAUUUUCCGGCAGUUCGCCUACUGAAUAAACUCAAACUGGACCAUCUUUCUAACCCAAAGCAAAAAGGCAAAAUGAAAGCAAAAUAGUUCUAUUUAAUCCAAAUACAAACUGAAAAAAUAUGGAAGAAAAUGGUACAAUGUUUCUUAAUAGCAGUGUGCAUUAUAGUUCUAUACCCAUAGACUACGAAUUGUUCCGGCAAGUUUUAAAUGGAACCGCAGAGAUAAAUAGAACUGAACAGAAUUAUACAUAUGCCUGGCAGAAUGGAGACCGGACCAUGGAUAACUACGCAAUUGAGUGGGACGGCGCGGUUUACCCUAGCGGGUAUUCCCAUCUCAGAAUCAUUCUGACGUCUUUUUUUGUGACAGUCAUUAUGAUCCUAAUUGUGGUGGGAAAUAUGCUGGUAUGCAUCGCUAUCGCUACCGAGAAAGCGCUCAAGACGGUCCAGAAUUGGUUCAUUGCCUCAUUAGCCGUUUCUGACUUCCUGGUCGGCUUGAUUGUAAUGCCUUUCUCGUUGGCCAAAGAAGUCAUGGGCUACUGGAUCUUUGGGCGCAUCUGGUGCGAAAUCCACUCUGCGCUUGAUGUUUUCCUGUGCACGGCCUCCAUCAAUAGUCUCUGCCUUAUCAGUCUGGACAGAUAUUGGUCGGUAACACAUGCAGUUGAGUAUCUCAGGAAAAGGACUCCUCGUCGGUCAAUUGCUAUGAUAUGCGGUGUUUGGGUGCUAUCAGCCAUCAUAUCUUUGCCCCCACUAGUCGGCUGGAAGAAGCCCGAAAAGCCUUCUAAUUACCCAGAAUGCUUGUUGAGUGAUGAUGUUGGAUAUGUGUUAUACUCGGCCUUCGGUUCCUUUUAUGUGCCCGCUUUCGUGAUGGUGUUUGUGUACUGUCGAAUCUUCGUAGCUGCUCGUUCUCGGGCAAGAAGGCAUCUUAAAAAAAGACAAAAAGCAUCGUCCUCAGUAGCCACGGAGUUUACGAACGAUCCUGUGAAGGAUAAGUCCACGACAACGACUACAUGCACGAGCUUCAGCAAUGCGAGUCCGCCGGAUCGCUCCAAGGACUUCGAAGCAUUUGCGCCAGUUCCCGAACUGCCCAAAAUCCCUGAGAGCAAUGGCACCCGAUCCGAAUUAAAUGUUGCUCCUAUUGUCACGGUUGCGGCUCCGGAGAUUAUUAUUGAGAAUUCUGGGCCUGUAGAGGAAUUAGCAGUAGAGGAUUCCGUGAUUCCAUCGACACCUCAAAUCCAGCUUCCAGACAACGAGUUACAGAGAGUAACUUUUAAAGACGAUGUUCCUCAAGAGCCGAAUAAUUUAUGCAAAUUGGCUAGUGCUGCUAAGAAAAACAUUGAACGUGAGAAAUGUCACCUUUUCGUGUGUGAACCUCAAGGACGAAGGACAUCAUUACUUAAGGCUCCCAAAUUUUUGAAGUCUCCUUUUGGGUCCACUCUUUCUCUUAAUGAGAUGGGUAGGUCCGACGAAGACGUCAGCGAAAUGGGGGAAGUUGGAGACAUGAAAUCCUCUGGAAAGAAAAAGAAAAAGAAAGUUAAAGUUAAAACUCAACCUGAAGAAAUUCCAAAGAGACAUCCUACCACCGAAGCUGAGCGCCAUAGACGAAGAAUUGCUAAAGCCAAGGAGCGUAGGGCUACGCUUAUUCUUGGUUUAAUUAUGGCCUCUUUUAUAUUGGCCUGGCUUCCUUUCUUCGUACUUUAUGUCCUCGAAGCAUUGUGCAAAGCCUGCGAUAUUGGGCAAACAGGAUUUGCUAUAGCUUUCUGGCUUGGCUACUGUAAUUCUGCACUAAACCCUAUUAUAUAUACCAUUUUCAACAGGGACUUCCGAAAAGCAUUCAGGAAGAUACUUUUUAAGUAAUUAUUUAGAAAAACCUUUGUUUGAUAUUGAAUGGCAACAUCCAUCUGAGUUCCAAAGCAGUAAAUAUAAAGUGACUAUACAUAUAAACAUAAAUAUAAAGUAUAUAUUUUACUGGAUAAACAUACAGUAGUAGUUUAUCAACAAUUGACUGUUAAGCAUUCAUGAUGUUGUGUGUGUCUAUUAUGUCUCAAACUAAACAUUUAAUAUUCUGUUAUUUGGUACUCCACUUCUCACUUUGCAAUGAAGUAUUUAUUUAUUAUAUCGACAUAUACACGCAUUUAAAAUUUAACACAUGUUCUACUUUUGUAUGAUCUGAAAUUUUGUACUGAAAUCAUAAUACAUAAUUUCAGGAAACCUGAAAAUGUUACUUAUUAAGUAAGUUUAUUAAUACACAUUUCUGCAGUAAUAAUAUAUGCCCACAGGAAUUUGUACACAUAGCUCAAAGUUUUCAAAAAACGGACUACAGGAAUUGUAAUGAAUAAAGACGAAAUAUAUGAUGAAAAAAUAUUCUUGCAGUUUAAUGAAACUGUGUAAUUAUACUUACGGAUGAUAAAGAAAAUAAUGGCUAUAAAUCAUUAUUAUUACAACUUAAUUUGUAGGUGCAACAUGCAAAGCAAAUGCUGGAAUAUCUGCUUAAUGAGAAACUCUUGUUUAUUUUUUUGCGGUUUUGCGGUUCGGUAAAACCUUCGAAACUAGUCCUGUGAAAAUUUUGUAGAUAUAACGCUGAUUUUUGUUGUUUAACUUCUGAAUUAGAAAACUCUUGC